AACAGUCUGUGUGUGAGCUUCGCGGGCUAAACAGCCAUGAUAACAUUAUUGCAUCCGAUUCUGAAGUGGCUAUGCUUCUGCCUAAUUGCAAUAAUCGUGAUGCUCUGUCUUACAACCCAAAGGGCAAAAGUUAAAUAUAUGAAAGUAGCGGAAGUGCCCACAGUUUCGAAAGAGACACGAUCAGAUGACUCAAUAGCCGAUUUUCUUCCUACUGAAGAAGAGCCAAAAGAGCCCGCUUAUUUCGUGGAGUCCGCCAAGUGCAAGAUCCCGUAUGUGAAUCCCUUUGACGCAGAUGCCAUGGCCGUUUUCCACCGCGAGCACUUCGAGACCUGUUCCAACGAAACCGCCCUGGUUACCCCGAUCUAUGACAUCAAGCGUCAGCGAUAUAUGCUAUUCAUCAAUGAGUCACUCGCCUCCAUCUUACUUAAGUCCACUGAGGAGGAGUACAAUUGCUAUUAUCAAGAGAUAACGCGGGACCGGGAGCACGACAGCUACGAUAAGGUGGAGCGAAAGUACUUUACUCAGAACUACGUGGUGCCGCUCCAUGUGCAUGCCCUAAUCCUGGCCUGCCAUCGUCUUGGCAAUGAGUCCGAUGUUUUGCAGAGCGAUGCGUACAGCCUCAUCCAAUACAGGCCACCGCCCAAAGGACUCUCACUGGAUCCGGCCAAGAGGAAGCCAAGUGUCCUGAUGUUCGGCAUUGACAGCCUGUCGCGGAUCAAUUUGCGUAGAACCAUGCCAAAGGUGUAUAAGUACCUAACGACGGACGGGUGGUUCGAGCUGCAGGGAUACAACAAGAUUGGCGACAACACCUUCCCCAACCUGCUGGCCAUUUUGGCAGGCUACAAUCCCGAGUCGGCCCUGCAGAAGGUGUGCAACUGGCACGAGGAUGGGUGCCUGGAUAGGACACCUUUUAUAUGGCACUACCUUCGGAAUGCCAGCUACCUCACCGCCUACGCUGAGGAUGAGAGUCAGAUGAGUACGUUCAACUAUAUAAAACCGGGCUUCCUGGAGCAGCCCACCGACUUCUACCUCAGGCCACUGCAGAAGGCCAUUGAAUCGGGCCUGAACGUGUGGAAAUGCAGUGACUGCUCACUGAGGUACUGCAUCGGCCGGCGGAUCACGAGCAGCUAUGCCUACGACAUGGCCAAAGAUUUCGCCAAUCGUUUCGUGGAUGAGCAACCCAUUUGGGGUCUGUUUUGGUCGAACAGCUUCAGCCACGACAGCUUUCAGCAGCCCUCGAAAAUGGAGGACUAUGUGCUUCAGUACCUGCUGGACUUCGAGGCAGAUGGAGUGUUCAAUCAGAGUAUUAUGGUGUUCCUCUCGGAUCAUGGGUCACGCUAUGGCAGAAUCAUGUCCUUGCCCAGUGGAUUCCUGGAAUCGCGUCUACCCACGAUGUUUAUCUAUCUGCCGCCUUGGUUCCGGGCUCAGUAUCCGGAAUACGCCGCGGCCCUUGCGCUAAAUCAGAAUCGACUCACCUCCAAUUACGAUCUGCACAACACCCUGAAGCACAUCAUCGAACUGGGCGGCACUCCAGAUGGUCCUUUGCCCAAAGCGGCCGACUGUCCCAAGUGCCAGUCUCUGUUUUAUCCCGUCGAUGAGACGAGAUCCUGUGAGGACGCAGGCAUACCAGAGCACUUCUGCACCUGCGUGCCCUACAAAAGACUGUCUUACAAUUGGGCCAAUCGCAUUGCCCCAAAGGUGAUAGGUCGAAUCAACGAGUAUCUGGCCGAAAGGAAUCUGACCGAGAUAUGCUCGGAACUGAAGCUCAGCUAUAUUCACGAGACAGAGAUGAAAGUGGAGCUGGACCAGAACUUCCACGACGAGGUGCCACCUACCGAGGUGGCCACCUAUCGCACCAUGUUCAAGGUGAAGCAGAACUCCGCCGACUUCCGGGCUACCGUACUCUUUAACAAUUUAACGGAAACCGUGGAGGUGGUGGUGCCCACUAUCAGUCGGCUCGACAGCUACGAAAAUGAUUCGACAUGUGUGACAGAUAAAACUGAUAAGAUGUAUUGCAUUUGCAAGUGUGAUAUCAAAGAUGAUUAGAAUAGUUGUUCACUACGUGUUUCACAUUAUGUAAAGAUAUUAUGAAAGAUAUUACAAUUACUUUAA